CUACUUAUGAUAAUAUCACUAGAUAUCAAUUAUAUAAAUUUUGCAGCGACAAGACAACGGUUAGACUUUUUGGCGGGAGGAACUCAGAAAAUCCAAUUUGUAUAACGAAUUCUGUUAACGUUAAAGACCAAGAACCUUCUCCAAGCAAAGGAGAAGGCAAACUCAAGAAAAAAAGUUGAUGGUAGUUUUCGGUCUUUAACUUCUAGGAAAAAUAGAAAAGAAUGGAGCAAAACCAGAAGAAGAUACAACAACUCCAAUCAGAUUGGUACUCUCCAAGGCGACUUCAUGAUAGCCCCACCAAAUACGAUUUCCCAGGUGAUAGGUUUAUUCCAAACAGGAGUUUGAUGAAUCUUGAUCAAGCACACAGUUUGUUGACAAAUAGAAGCAAACAAGUUCCCGAUCUUAUUUUCAAUGAAGUAUACCAACAGUUGUUGAUGGAGAAUCUGACUUUGGACACAGAAGGGAGACCGUUGAAGAUGUUAGUUUUUAGAGGAAGUCCAAAAUUGAGUAGGAAGUGGACUCAUCUUAUUGAUCAGAUGCGAACAGAUGAUGCAGAAGCACUGAGAAAUAGUCCCAAGCAAUAUCAAUGUCUCCGCCGCUUGCCUAAGAGGGAAACUAGGGUUCUGGAUGCACCAAAUAUAAUAGAUGAUUACUAUGUGAACAUCAUAGAUUGGGGUAAGAAUAAUGUCAUUGCUGUUGCAUUGGGCCAAGCAAUAUACCUAUGGAAUGCGGAGAACAAAAGCACUUUAAAGUUGUUGGAAGUUGAAAGCGACAGUGACUACCCAACAAGCAUAUCCUGGUCUGAGGAUAACAGAAGUUUAGCAGUUGGAUAUAUGCAGUCUAAACUUCAGCUCUGGGAUACUGAGGCUUUGAGAUGUGUUCGACAAAUGGAUGGUCACAAGAACAGGGUAGCAACCCUUGCAUGGAAUGGUCAUACUCUAACAUCAGGAAGCCGAGACAAAACUAUCCUGAAUCGUGACGUUAGAGUGAGAAACAGUACUUCCAGGAUUCUAGCUCAUACAGAAGAAGUCUGUGGCUUGAAAUGGUCAACUGAAGGCAACUUAUUGGCGAGUGGUGGAAACGAAAAUCUUAUACACAUAUGGGAAGCUUCCAAAAUGAGCUCAUCUAAUUUCUUGCACCAAUUUAAGGGCCAUCGCUCUGCAGUCAAGGCACUUGCUUGGUGCCCCUAUCAAUUUAAUGUACUUGCUUCAGGAGGUGGCACAAAAGAUGGAUGUAUUAAGAUAUGGAAUGUACGGAAGGGAUCAUGUAUUCAUAGCAUACACACCAAUUCACAGAUUUGUGCUCUGGAAUGGAACAGACAUCACAAGGAGAUAUUAAGCGGGCAUGGCUAUAGUUUGGGUCCGCUCCAAAACCACCUAUGCUUGUGGAAAUACCCUUCCCUGAUUAAAGUAGGAGAGAUACAACGUCAUAGCAACAGAAUCCUUGGUCUUUCUCAGAGUCCUGAUGGAUUAACUGUUGUAUCUGCUGGAGCAGAUCAAACACUUCGCUUUUGGGACAUAUUUGGACCACCUUGUGCUGAAAACUCUAAGCUCUCAGGUCUUGAAAGCCUCUUGUCUCUCAAGACGUCCCCCAUAAGAUGAUGGCUGCUGGGGCAAUUGUACUCUGCUUGUAAUUUAUUCUAUACAAGAGCACGAAAGAAUUUUCUCUCUUCCGGGUAACACGAACUGUGUUAUUACUACAUUACCCAGAAAAUAUUGAUGAUACA